UUGGGACCACACAUUUAGGCAACAAACACCGGUGACUUAAAUACACUUUGAUGUGAAGGUUGCGUGGGGAGAUUUCAGAUUGAUUUCAAAAUAAAAAAAUUCUCAAAAUGUCAAGUUUAUUGAAAUCUCUCGCAGUUCUUAGGAGAGCAAAACCGUUGGCAACAUUACAAAAAGUUCAACUUCAUAACAGAUUGAUAGUUCCAACAAAUACUGUAAUAUGCAAGAAACAAAACUCCUCACCGUUUCAACAACAACGUUGGAUGAGCUCCGACCCAACCGGAAUCAACGAGAUUAACGAAAGGGUCAUGGGCUUGUUGAAACUUUACGACAAAAUUGACCCAGCAAAGGUAACUGAAGGAUGCCAUUUCAUGAAAGAUCUUGGUUUGGACAGUUUAGACCACGUUGAAAUUAUUAUGGCAGUUGAGAAUGAGUUUGGUUACCACAUUGGAGAUGCAGAUGCAGAAAAGUUAUUAACUCCGCAAGAAAUAAUUGACUAUCUUGCUGAUAAAUACGACAUCUGUGAAUAAUUAUUUUAACUUAACAAUAAACUGUAAACUUCGAGAUGUGAAAACGCAACUGCUACGAUGUAGGAGAUAAAACUUCAUAUUGGGACGUUUUGUUCAAACUUUCAUGCUAAUAAACAAAUAUUUAAAAACCUUG